UUCUUCACUCACUCACCACCUUUUCUACUACUCCAUUUUCUUUUGGUCCCAUUUCUUAAUUUCUUUGUCCCUAUUUCAAAUUUACACCCCAACACACAACCACUCAAUUUUCAAAACAAAAACACAAUUUUCUCUUUCUCCAACUCAUAAAAUAAAAAUCACAACUUUCCUCAACCUAAAUCUACACUUGUCUCUUUCUACUUCUUCACAUUCUUCAAUCAUUCCUCAUUAAAAAAAUGUGUACUAUAUUUCUGUGAUCCCAACAAGUUCCAGAAAAUUCAACUUCAUCAUGAAUCAAAGAGAGUUGAUACGUUUCAAGAUAUGUGUAAGAGAGUUCAUGAUUGGGGUUUCGGAAUUAACUGUGGAAUUCUUAAAAGGUUGCAGAGACAUAGUGAAACAAAGCUUAGUCAAUGAAGAUUCAAUCAUUGUUAAGAAAUUUGGAAAGAUUGGGAAGAGAGUAAGAAAACCUUGUGAGAAAUUGUUGAACAAAUUGAGUUACUUUAAUGAGUAUUUGCCAGAAGAUAAAGACCCACUUCAUGCUUGGUUUGUCAUUUUGUUCGUUUCUUUACUUGCUUUCUCAGCUUUGUAUGUAAACUUUGAGCAUGAUCAAUCUGCCCCACUUGAGAAGAAAGUAUUUUUACAUCCUGUUAGUGCUACCCGCAUUAUGCUUCCGGAUGGAAGAUACAUGGCAUACAAGGAGCAAGGUGUUUCGGCUGACAGAGCUAGAUUUUCGAUUAUUGCUCCUCAUACUUUCCUUUCCUCUCGGCUUGCAGGAAUUCCUGGUGUUAAAGAUUCACUGAUGGAAGAGUUUGGCAUUCACUUGAUUACUUAUGAUCUGCCUGGUUUUGGUGAGAGCGAUCCUCAUCCCAAACGAAAUCUGGAAUCGUCAGCAGUAGAUAUGUCGUUUUUAGCUGAUGCUCUUGGUGUUGACAAGUUUUGGAUCAUUGGUUACUCAAGUGGAAGCAAGCAUGCUUGGGCUGCACUUAGAUACAUACCUGAUAGACUUGCAGGUGCUGCCAUGUUUGCCCCCAUGGUGAACCCAUAUGAUCCUUUGAUGACAAACGAAGAGAGACGAAGAACCUGGAACAAAUGGACGCGAAAAAGAAAAUUGAUGUACUUCUUAGCUCGAAGCUUUCCUAGACUUCUUGCUUUCUUCUAUCAGCAAAGUUUCUUAUCAGGGAAGCAUGGUCAGAUUGACAGGUGGCUGUCUUUAUCUCUUGGAAAGAGGGACAAAGCACUGAUGGAAGAUCCAAUCUAUGAGGAUUUCUGGCAAAGGGAUGUGGAAGAAUCAAUUAGGCAAGGAAAUGCAAAACCCUUUGUGGAGGAAGCUGCUUUGCAGGUCUCGAAUUGGGGUUUCAGCCUUUUAGACCUCAAGUUGCAGAAACGAAAAUACAAAAGGAAUGUGCUUAAUUGGCUUAAGGCAAUGUUCACUGAAACUCAGGAGUAUACAGGCUUUCUCGGUCCAAUACACAUAUGGCAAGGAAUGGACGACAAAGUGGUUCCCCCAUCAAUGACUGAUUUUGUGCAUCGCGUACUACCUGGAGCUGCAGUACACAAACUCCCAUAUGAAGGCCACUUCACAUAUAUCUACUUUUGUGAUGAAUGCCACAGACAGAUAUUUACUACACUUUUCGGAACCCCGCAAGGCCCUCUCAGCCUCGACAUUUCUUUAGAAGUAGAUCCAAUUACCCUAGAAGCCAAUGUUGAACUUGAACAGCAAGAAGUAGUAGCAAGUAGUGGUGAUUAUGCCACUGAUUAGAAGUACACACAACAUGAUAAAAUGCUAUUUGUUUUUCCCGUUUUUCUGGCCAACAUCAUCACAAAUUAUAUGAUGUGUAUAUACAAAUAUAGUCAAAGCUUCAUCUCUAACGGAGCCUCAAAUGAAAGAAAAUAAAAUUGAUGUUUCUUCCCCUAUUUUUGGGCUUUUGAACUAGUCUGAUAUGAUACAACAAUUGGGGUUCAUAUGAGAUUCUGAACCAUUUGAUUAAAAAAUGAUUUAGUGCAUAUAUUUUUGUUUUCUUUGUUAUGAUGAGAAUUGAGAGAAAUUGUGUAGUUAAUGUAGGAUUUUUGUUCUUGGAGCUAUGACUGUAGCAAUUGUUACAGCAGAGUUAUCAUUAUGACUGCAAUGAAUAAUAUCAUGAUACCCCCCA